AUGGACGCUGGGAAACGCUCUCGUCAAGCGGACGUCGAGGAAGACGAUGACACAGAUUCCGACGUCCCUCUGAGGGAAACGCAAGCGAAACGUCUCAAACGUUUCCAUGAACCAAAUCCAGCUCGCGCCAUUUCGCCUCCACCACCUCAGCCUUCGCAGCCAGCAUCGUCAGCUCAAGCCCAGCCCGAAACUCAACCCAGCAUUACCGCGAUACGACCCGAGCGAUCCCAAUGUCGCGUUCAACCACCCAGACCCCGAGCCCAGGCCCCCUCGGUUCGAACUCAACUCCCUGCGACAGCAGCGAUAAACAGUGCAAGGCAAGCAUCUCAGAGCUCCAAUGCAGUCUCGGAACCCUUUCGACCUGCAGCUACUCGUACUGCAAACACACUGCCCAUCGACGGAAAUGACUCGAAUCCUCGUCAGUCACGCUGGCCACCACUGCCCGACAACAACGAUAUACCCCACGCCUUUUUAUUCUACGCUGAAGAGAUUCGCAUUGUUGUGAACAUGCUUUGCGGCACACGCAUUGAUCGCGAGCCAUUCUUUGACCUCAUCCGUCAUAAACACACCGAUCCAUCCGCAAGGCCCGUCUGGAAUAUCCCAGAGAUAUCAGAGCAGAAAGAGAUCGGGUUUCUCUGCGGCAAGUCCCCCGCUCACCAUCAUAGCCAUGUCUAA